GUUACCCAUUAGUCUACAGUGUCACAUCAACCUACGCUGAUAAAGUACGACAAUGAAUUUAAAUAGGGGUGUAAUUUAUUGGGUUGGUAGUUCUGAAUUAUCGCAGAUGCAGCAUGGCGAAAAUACCAAUGCCGUUCGAUUUCCUGCAAGUGGAAAUGGCGCCAUAGCAUGUGUGAUUUUUGCGUCGAAGUGGGAAGUGUGUUUUGUUGAUUAAAUAUAUCGGAAAUAUCUUAGAAAAGAAAUGGACUUCAUUCCAUGUGAGAAUUCCAAGUAAGACUGGCUGCAUAACCACUGUAUUUGUUGUCAGCCUGAUGAAGAUGGCGAACUCGUCUCGCCGUGCAUCUUGUGGGUUGGAUUUUUGCAGCGUUCCAGAUAUCAGAGGGAGUCUUCAGGGUGCCUCAGAAGCAGGAUAUGACUUCACUUGUUUCCCAAUUGUUCAUCCGAGAUUUAAAAGAGAAUUCAUUAGUGGAAAGAGUAAAGAACGUCCUGGAGCUUUUACCCGGUCAGAUCUGAUUCUUGCUGGUUCAGAUUGGAAUAAUUUGAUAGUCGGCAAACUGUCGCCAUAUAUCGACGUUGAUUCCGAAGAUCCGGUCGUUCGAAAAGAGUCCGAGGAAGCGCUGAACCAAGAAUUGGCGUAUGCUAGCCACCUCGGCCUCCCUGCAGUUAUGUUCACUCUUAGAAGAGACAACCAAACUAAUCUUGCACGAAUUCUUCAUAAUAAAAUGCAAGCAGGAAGUACUUACCAGAUCUGGCUCCACUUACCAAUGGAAAGCCCUGCCAUAGCAGCUUCGUAUUAUCAUAGUGAUGAAGAGGAUUUCAGAAGACUGCACGGAGGUAGUGAAAUGAACACAUGGGAAUGGUGGAACAAGUUUCGUUCCGUGUGCAACUUUGAGAAGAGGCUAGGUCUAGCACUAGAAGUGACUCCAGAUAUCCCAUCUGAUGAAGAAGUUGCUCGCUGGAUGGGAGAACCAAUCAAGUGUUUGGUUCUAUCUACAACAUUAUUUGCUACCAAUAAGAAGGGCUACCCUGUGCUGUUACGUCCACACCAGAAUCUCAUAAAAUCCUUAGCAACGCUGGAUGUGCAAGUUGUGAUACGAGGAGCUAUCAUGCAUGGUUGUUCAAAAUACUAUCAGCAGUAUUUGGAUCAUUUGUGGCAGAACACGUCACAUACAGAUCCUUUGGUAGCGUAUGCACGAGGAUAUGAAGAUUAUCUGCAGUGCCCUCUUCAACCCCUCAUGGAUAAUUUGGAAUCUCAGACAUAUGAAGUUUUUGAAAAGGAUCCUGUCAAAUACAAUGAAUACCAGCGCGCCAUAUAUGGAGCUCUUCUGGACAUGAUAAUGUAUGAAGAAAAAGAUUCCAAAGUUGCUGUCGUGAUGGUUGUAGGUGCUGGUAGAGGGCCACUUGUCCGUGCUGCAUUGAACGCAGCUCAAAAAGCAGAUAGGAAGAUAAAGGUGUAUGCAGUGGAAAAAAAUCCCAAUGCUGUGGUUACUUUACAGGCUCAACAGGAAGAAUUCUGGGGUGACCAAGUGACUGUGGUCUCGUGUGAUAUGAGAGAUUGGAAUUCACCUGAGAAGGCAGAUAUUUUGGUAUCUGAACUUUUGGGUUCGUUUGGAGAUAAUGAACUUUCACCUGAAUGCCUUGAUGGGGCUCAAAAGUUCCUGAAGGAUGAUGGUAUCAGUAUCCCAUGCAGUUACACAUCGUACUUGUGUCCCGUCCAGUCUUCCAAACUGUAUAAUGAGGUUAGACUCUGCAAAGAGAAGGACAAACAUGCACUGAAUCACUUUGAAACUCCGUACGUCGUUCACCUGCAAAAUAGAUUUCAACUAGCACCCACACAGCCUCUCUUUACAUUCUUCCAUCCUAACAAGGAUGCGGUACGUGACAACACGAGGUACAAAUGCUUGUCAUUCAAGAUAUCUCAGAACUGUGUGCUGCAUGGCUUUUCUGGUUACUUUGACACAGUUUUAUACAAAAAUAUAAUCCUCAGUAUUGUACCAGAAACUCAUUCAAGAGGAAUGUUUAGCUGGUUUCCCAUUUUCUUCCCCAUUCGAGAACCUUUGCAGCUACGAAGCGGUGACGAAUUGGAGGUGCAUUUCUGGAGGUUGUGCAGCAAGAAGAAUGUGUGGUAUGAAUGGAGUAUCACAAAGCCCAUUCCUGUACCUGUACAUAAUCCAAAUGGCAGGUCAUACACCAUUGGUCUGUGAUAGAAGCAACAUGAAUCUUGCACUACAGAAAAUCUGCACAAAUGAAACCCAUUUGGGAAUUGUUCUGGGCAGAGAAGUAGAGGCUUGUAAAAAUAGUUCCCAUGAGCAUUGAGGCAGACAUCCCAUUGACACACCAGCCGAUGGAUCCUCUACGCAAGGAACUGUUACGAGAAUGAAUGUACCACUGUGGCGUUGACGUGUUUGACUCAAAAAAAUGGCAUUGAUAGCCCCAGACUGUGGAGGAUGGCCCAACGCCUAGUGCGUGGAGUGCAGUAUGUCCUGGACACUGGCCAUAUUGGGACAGACAUUGUCAUGCAACAUGCUUUCUCUUGAUGGUAGUACAAGGUCAUGGAGUGUUCUGUAAUAGCUGUGUGCGUUGAUGGUGAUGUCAGUGUCCUUAAAUGCCAGCAUCAACCCUCAGCACCAAGAAACAAAAUGACAACUCAUUGGUCCUGUUUGGACACAUUCUGCAUCUUGAAUUCUGUUACUGAAUUGUGACAUGGUGUACCCAUUUGCUGUCCUGCGCCCCCCCCUUUUUUUUUUUGUGCAGUACCUGUUCAACUGCUGGUGUGUUAUGCACAGUCAUGUGAUCACCAGCAGCCAGUUGUAUUUGCUCACAGGUUUCAUUUGAAUAACCUUCAUAUACAGAAAAACAUACAGUGGGUGUUAUUCUGUUAGUCGGAAGACAGUGACAUUGGAAUUUGAUCACAUUUGCUCUUGUGUAAUGAAAUACUUGGCUCUUUAACAGAAAUUUAUGGAGAAAAUUGAUCACAAAAUUAUGAAAUAUCUUAUUCGGGGUUUAAAUAAUGUAAUAAUUGAAAAAAAGUGUUUCUGUAAGUGUUGAGAUCAUCAUGGAACAAGUGUAUGUACACAGUGUGGUCUGAAUGGCAAGAGAGUUGGGAGCAAACAAACCCUUGUACACCAAAGCAUUAUGUCCUCAUAUUUUCCUCUCAGCUAUUGACUCCUUACAAGAAAGAGAAACAUAGAAGAAAUUUGUUGUGCAUACUUAUUAUCUCCUGUGCAGGUUGAUCUAUGAAAAAUGUACAGCCUCUUCCUUCUUGCCACGGGUUUUCCUCUUUGAUAUCUUGCCAGCUCUUUUUACUUGCUGCCUCAGAGUACCUGGGUAAACCUUCUUUCUAUGGGUGAUCAUAUAGGCUUCGUUCAUUUUAAUUUCAUUCUAAUGUCCUUCUUGGUAUCUUUGUUAAGUCCAUUCUAUUUACAUGGCCAUAUCAUAAUUUUCCUCUUUUAACUCUUACAAAUUUUUAAUUCUGACUUCCUCUCAAAAAAUGUUGUUUCCAAUUAUAAUUAGACCACAGAAAAAGACGAGGCCCCUUUAUGCUGAUGAAUACAAAACACUAGUACAGCCUGAGUGCAAACUUCUUAUCAUCCAAGAUAAGUUGUACAGCUGUUUGGAGAGAACAGCCAACCAUUUCUGAGAAGCAUCAUUAAACAGUAAGUUAAUGGAUGUUACACACAGCAUUUUAGGUCAUCUUUUACAAGAAACACUUCUUACUUAAGUGCUUACACUUUUAUGUGUUAUUUAACGAUCACCAUUUGUUUUAAGGUGUAAUUUAUGUAUUCAUGUUUGUUCUUGGGUAACCCUGUGUUCAUGUAUGUGUUGUCCCUGAUUAAUAUUACGUCAAUGUUGAAAUCUGAAGUAAAAAAAAUCUUCACUUUAUGGCAUGGACAGUCCAAUCUCUUAAAGACUUCACAUACACGUUUCAUCUGUGAAGUACGAGUAUUCAAAUUUUUCAGUAAGUAGAGACACCAGCCCAUCCAUAUGAGCCCCAACCUGAAGAACCAGAAUAUUCCAAUAUGUCUAGCACCCGUGUCUCUGUCUGUCCAGCAAGGGACACACUGCCACUAACUGUGUUCUCACCAGCAUAGCCCUUGACAUUUUCAGUGCUCACAAGACCCUGAUAAGGUGGGAACAAAAUAGAAAUAAUGUCACUCAAAAUUAUUGGAUUUGUGUGAUAUAGAAUGAGAGUGCAUGUCUGAAACCCAUCAAAUGGAGAUGACACGUGGCACUGGAGGUGGUGGAAGGGAAAAUAAAGUUCUUUCCCUUUGAACACAGAGUUACAAUCAUCAUAUUUUUAUGAACUUAUACAUCAUCAGUUUGUAAGUGAAGGUGUUUCCUUUUCCAGUUUCUGUUAAAUGUAUAUGCCAUGAUUGUGUUUGGUAUAGGUUAUGUAACUUGUCUGUCAUUCUCUAGCCCACAAAAUCAGCGCAGAAUUCCAUCCUGUUAUUUUUACAUAUUAGUUACAGUUACUCAAGAACUCUUCAGGAAAACUGUAUGAUCAGAAAAGAGGCAGAGACGUGAUUGUUUGAAUGCUUGACAAGGUAUGUGUUAUUCAUACACAUGAAUAUGUAGCUGUUAAAACAUUGAUAAGUGCUGACUAGUAAAUUAUGCAGAAUGAAGGAAAACAUCAUAAUGGCAGAACAUUUGUAUUUUAAUGUGAAUUGUGUCCAUUAUCUGAUCCCUCUGUGAAGACGGCAAAAGAAACAGGAAGUUCUUUUUUUAUCAGUGCAGUACAGUGUUGCAUUCAGAACAAUAAUAUGUGUUGGAGAGAUUGUCUAAACUGUUUACCUCAGUAAUAAAAAUCGUGAUUGUUGCAGUA